CACCUGCACGCAAUUUCCCUGCAAAAAACCGCUUCGACAAACUGCCGUCUGACCAUCAGCUCGACGAACCAGCAUCGCGAAAUCGACCCGAAUACAUCUCUCAAGAUCCUCAAUAGACAAAAGCACCGCUUCACAACUUCGAUCAAGACCGAAUUGAUCGCUCCGCUGCUCUGCACAUCCCUCACCAAGCAUUCGCCACCCACAGUCGACCUAGCCCAAGGCUCGGUAAUCUCCAUCUCUUAUUCAAGAAACAGAUCUCCCAAGCAAUCACCGUGGAAUCCGACAGCAAUGGCGCCAAUGAGUAACCAAAAUAUAAAUUACAGUAGUAAUUAUGGCGAGGAGUUGACCGCCCGUGUCAACGUCCUUGCCUCUUGCUACGUUGUUGACUCUGCCGCCAACCUCAAGGGCCUCCACUACUGCACUACGGGGGGGCGGAGUGGUAUUCCUGAGGUUCCUUCCUCAGGCCUGCCUUCUCCUCCUUCAAGUCCCCCCCUCGCCGCAUUGACCUCGUCCAACCAGCUCGCCCUUCUUCCUAAGCAGAAGAAGCGCGACAUUCCAGGCAGACGCCUGGAGCGACGAGGGGGGGCAGCACUCAUGAUCAGGGAAGAAUGUGAGAGAUUCUUCUGUGAGUCCAUGAAGACCGUGUUCCUUGGUGAGAGGAACCUGUCUAUCCAUGGCUCCGGCUUGACAGGUGCUUAUUUACAAUCGCCGCCACCAGACAACCACCUCGCGGAUCCAUUCAACCAGGGCCCGGACGCAGUUCCGGCUGGCUCGCGGAUCGACGCCUGGAUGGAAGUCUGGGACUACGCUGGCGGAUCGAGCUUCCGCGCCUUUGUGGCAGACGAUGGGAGGGAGAAGUCUCUCUUCAUCUUCUUCGACAUUGAAGGCGUGCUCGGAAGAGACUUGAAAAAGGCUCUUAUGGCGCUCAUUGAGCUUGCUGAUGGUCCCCUGGCCUGUAGCCAGAUCGUCACAUGUCUCGAUCGCCGCUUGCCUGCAGAUAAUGCUCGUGAUUUGAUCAAGAGCCUUCAAUGGGUUGGCUUCGACAUGGCCACACUAGAUCACUGGGCCAACGACUUGGACGUGACUAGCAAACAGUGGAUUUUCAUGGGCAUGGAACUCUAGUUUUUUCUCUCUUGAUUUACAUGCUUCUUUCUGCACAUUCGUUAUUGGGGAAUCAGUUUCACUUGUUAAAGACAUCAGACUGUCGAUUUUGGGACCGCCUAUUCGUUUUUUAUGCAUCGAAACGCAAUCAAAAAGCAUAGGGGCGUUGGUCAAUGAUUCUGCUUCUCGUUGUUAUUAUUUGAAGCUAGUACCAUCCCGGGAGUUUUAGUUGGGACUGUUCAUGUUUUGGUGUUGUUCGUUUUUGGCAUUGGCCAAACUGCCUAUGAAGAGGGUCUCGACAUUUCAUUUGGAGUCAUCGAUCAACAGGGAUAGACUGUACGGAGUACUCCGACGGUGUUUAGGCCAAGCAGUUAUCGGGUAGUUGCCAACAUAUAGUAGCUAGUUUGUGAAUGGAUUCAAACUUUUCUUUUCCUCUCUC